AGUCUGACCCAGUUUCUCUCGAGUUUUGCUGGAGAUAAGACGUUCUUGUAGUCGCAACCAUGGUGGUCAAGUUUCAAGUCUUCAAGAAAAGUUCCCCGAAUUCUAAGAUCACGCUGUACCUUACACGGCGGGAUCACAUGGACCAUGUAACCCACGUGGACAACAUCGAGGGCGUGAUCGUGCUGGACCCUAACUACGUGAAUUCCCGCAAUGUGUACGUGCAGCUGGCCCUCAAUUUCCGCUUCGGCAGGGAGGAGGACGAGUCUCUCGGGUACAGUUUCGUGAAGACACUGUACGUCAAUACCUCACAGGUGUACCCGCCGGAGAGGGAAAGGCCCACCACCGAGCUACAGAGGAACCUGAUCUCCAAGCUGGGUAACUUCGCCUUCCCUUACAUGCCCUUCCCGGAGCUGGCCUCGCCCUCUUACUCCCUCAUGCUGGGCUGGCAGGACAUGGGCUCGCUCAUGGGCAUUGAGUACGAGGUCAUGGGCUUCGUGGGCGCCACUCAGCAGGAAAUGCAUCAGAGGAACACCGCCAGCCUCACAGUGCGGCGCCUGAUGGAGUGCCCUGCUAGCCUGUUCGAGAAGCCAGCGCCCCAGAAGUGUAUCUCCCGCUCCUUCCUCACCUGUACCGGCUGCGUCACCAUCGAGGCUAGGCUCAACUCCAACGUGUACUACCCCGAGGAAAACAUCAUGGUCAGAGUGGAGCUCAAGAACAACACCUCCAGGGAUAUCAAGAGGCUCAAGGUAAAGCUCGUACAGAAGAGCGAGGUGCCCAUGUUCCAGGACGGACAGGUGCGAGACAAGACGAUCUGCAAGGUGGAUGACCCUCUCAGCUUGCCGCCCGGAGCCCUCACCACGCGGGAGUUUGUGCUCGUCCCCACCAUCCCCAGCAAGCCUGCCCAUGGUGAGAUCUUCCUGCAGUCCAGCCUUAAGAGUGAGGAGGAGGCUGUUCUGGCGCCCACCACCCUCAUCGCUCCCUCCAUUAAGAAGGGCGACCUCUUCGGCGUGCACGUGUCCUAUGCUGUGAGAAUCAAGGCUACUCUGGGCACUCUCAUUGGGGACGCCAUCCUGGACGUGCCCUUCGUGCUAGCCGUGCAACAAGGGUCUUGAACAUGCUGCAGGUGAGGUGAUGAGGGCGGUGAUGGUGGCGGUGGGUAUGGUGACUGCCGGCAACGCAAGGCAGAUGUGUUGAUGAGUAACGAUAAAAAUGCUGAGUCGAGAGGAGCUGAUAGAAAACCAACUCCUCACAAUCGAUAGUUUUUUUUUAUUACGAUUUUGUUUUAUUGUUAUACGUGGCUGCCUAAAAGUCAUAUAUUUUUGUCCUGCACAGAUUAAUCGACAAAUACUUUUUUUUCUUUAAUAUUUUUUUUUCUAAUUUACAUUUGAAUCCUGAAAAAAAAUCGUGAAUUAAUUUGCCCUACACAGAUAAACUUUUUUUUUUUUUUUAAUGAUUUGCUGCAUUUUGAUCCUUAACUCCUUCAGUACUGGGAAGCAUUUUUAUCUUGCGAUUUCUGUACAAUUAGAUCAUUUUAUUGACAUUAGGAAGGAUCUAUGGAGGUCAGAAGAUUAAUGGCCACAGUCUUCACUAUUCUAAUUCCCAACAUACGUUUCUGAAGGUGUAUAAAAUCAUCAAACAAUAACCAAAAGGAAUAUAGAAACACGCCAUGGUACCUAAAGGAUUAAAAACAAGCCAUGCAUUAUCUCCUGCACAGAUAGUCUUUAUGUCCCAAAGGCAGAGAAAAAGGGCCAUUGUGAACACUGUCCUUUACAUUUAGGUAAAGAAUAGGAAACAUUACUGCAUGCACUCAGAAAAGCCACAUUUGUUUUAUAUUUCCCGAGUGACGAGUUAGCUGUGUGUUGUUACUAGUGUUGUCUGUGUUAUGUUUAUUGUGACUUGUUAUUAUUAAUGUUGUAUAUCUACCAGUGUAUAAUAUGUACGUUGCUAAACAUAGAAGCCUUACUCGCUUGCAUAAUACAAGAAUUCAUGUUUAUAUUUAAUCAGAAGAGUCAUGUUACUACUACUACUACUACUACUACUACUACUACUACUACUACUACUAUUACUUCUACUUCUACUACUUCUACUUUUACUACUACUACUUUCUCACGGCUAGGCAUUCCCUGAUAAGCCUACCACCCUAAGCUUACAAACUCCGAGUGUGUCUGGGUGUAUAUAAACCUUUUUUGUAUUCCACUGAGAGUUAUGAAUAAACGAAAUGAUGAAGAGAU